UAUACUAGACAGCAAAAUCUGUUCGAGUUUAUAUUACUUAUGUUAAUGUAGAAAUAUGGGCAAGACAAUAUCAUUUGUGUUUUUGGCUUUAUUUUGUAUCAUUGACUUGUAUAGAACAGAGCCGCUUCAAAUAGAUCAAGUUUUCAAUGGAGUAGAAGAAAGUGACAAAAAUGCUCUUCUUGACGUCAUUCGACGCGUUGGUUACAUUGAAACCAUCAACAGUCAUAUUAAAGAAGAGAACAAACGAUUGAGAGAUGACGUCAUUGCACUUCAAAGUCAAAUUGUGUCCAUUAAAGCCGAUUAUGAAGUCAAUAUAGCAGAACUACAAUCAGAAAUAAACGAACUUCGUUCAAAGAGUAAACAACAGGAAGACCUUAUAACGAAAAUAGUUUCAAUAAAGCAAGCUGGUUCAGAGGAUUUACAAUAUGCGACCAACAUCAAUCAGAACUCAAAUGAGGAGUUAAUAAGCUAUGGAAGAGGCAUCGAAGAUUCCGUUAAGUAUGGACCAAAAGACUUAAUAGACCCAGUAGACGAAAGUCCUGAUAUAAAAACCAUUGCGUAUGGGAAACAAGUACAGGAAAUGGAAGACGAGAAACGUCGAGGUCUUAUUGCUUCAAAAUCUGGAGAACGUCUUCUUGUACGAAGAGAGAAUGAAGUAAAUGUUGCGUUUUACGCUACAAUUGGACAACAUCAUAUUGCGCACGCCGGUACUAAUCAGACUAUUGUGUUCGAUGACGUCAUAACGAACCUUGGAAAUGCUUAUAGCAAGUUUGCCGGAGACUUCAGAGCACCUGUUGGUGGAACUUAUGUGUUCUCAGUUACACUCAUGGCAUAUGCUGCAAAUUCAGCUCACUACCGCUUUGUAAAGAAUGGAAUUACUGUGGGCAAUAUAUACGUUGGAGGAAAAGAAGGCCCUUAUGCAACUUCCGCUAUGACGACUGUCCUUGACCUUCAACAGGGUGAUGAUGUAUCCAUACAAAACAUUGAUUCUGAUAAAAAUCUUCAUGGGUAUGCCUACAGUGUAUUUUCCGGAUUUCUUCUUCAACAACACUUCGUAAAUCAGGCAGUGGUUGGCAAAUAACAUUCUUGCUGUUAGUCGUACUCAUGUUUGAAUAUACGAGUAUAUAAUGUAAAUGUCAUGGGAAAAAUACCGAUUAAAAAUAUACAAGACUU